AUGACAACUGAACCAGUAAAAAGACAAAAAUUAGAAUCUACCGAAAGUCUUAAAGUCUACUUGCGUUCCGAAAACGGUAAGUUGCCAACGAAAGGAUCGGCACUCGCUGCCGGUUACGACUUGUACUCCUCGGAAGAUGCAACGAUCCCUGCUCACGGUCAAGGAUUAGUCAGCACUGAUAUUUCCAUAAUUGUGCCCGUUGGUACUUAUGGUCGUGUAGCACCACGUUCUGGUCUUGCCGUCAAGCACGGAAUCUCCACUGGAGCUGGUGUAAUUGAUGCUGAUUAUCGUGGAGAAGUUAAAGUUGUCUUGUUUAACCAUGCAGGUAAAGACUUUGACAUCAAAAAGGGUGACAGAAUUGCUCAAUUGGUUUUGGAGAGAAUUGUUAAUGCUGAUAUUGAACAAAUCGAUUUGGAAAAGUUGGAGAAAACUGAACGUGGUGAAGGAGGAUUUGGGUCUACUGGUAAGAAUUAG